ACUGGCAGCUGAAUCAGUUGGGUGUCACCGUUCGCUCGCGAUCCACCGUUCGUCGCGUAACCGGGCGCGCUGAUUGCAGAGAUCGAGAGAGAAUGAGAAUCUCGACCACACGGUCGACAGGACGAGACAACAGGAUAAUACCCCGCGCAGGAAGCACCGUCGAUGGAGCGCAAUUAUCAUCGGUACCUCGGGGCGCAGUAUGUGCCCGGCGCCGGGCCAAGCGCCGCAGCCCAAGGAAGGAUCCGUAGUAGCUUCGAGUACGACAGCGCGUAUCCACCAACGAGAGCCGACAGAUACCGGGGAGGCCCGCAGAUACAAAAGAGAAUGACUCAGAGGGAGGACGUCCUCAAGUUCGAGCAGGGCCGCAUCAAGGCCCUGCAGGAGGAACGCCUGCACAUCCAGAAGAAGACGUUCACCAAAUGGAUCAACUCGUUCCUCUUGAAGGCGCGCAUGGAGGUGGACGAUUUGUUCACCGACCUGGCGGACGGGAAGAAGCUGCUCAAGCUGCUGGAGAUCAUCUCCGGCGAGCGACUGGCCAAGCCCAACAACGGACGCAUGCGAGUUCACAAAAUCGAGAACGUGAACAAGUCCCUGGCGUUCCUCCACACCAAGGUUCGUUUGGAGAGUAUCGGCGCGGAGGAUAUCGUGGACGGCAAUCCUAGACUGAUCCUCGGCCUCAUCUGGACCAUCAUCCUGCGAUUCCAAAUCCAGGAGAUCGAGAUCGACGUGGACGAGGAGAACGACAGCAGCGAGAAGAAGUCUGCUAAGGAUGCCCUGCUGCUAUGGUGUCAGAGGAAGACGAACGGCUAUCCCGGCGUUAAUAUCCAGGACUUCACCGGGUCUUGGAGAAGCGGCCUCGGCUUCAACGCUCUCAUACACGCCCACAGGCCGGACUUGGUCAAUUGGUCGGAAUUGCAGCAGAACAGGAACAUCGAUAACCUCAAUUAUGCCUUCGACGUCGCUAAUUCGGAACUCGGCAUACCGCGGCUGCUGGACGCCGAAGACGUGGAUACCGCCAGGCCGGACGAGAAGUCGAUCAUCACUUAUGUCGCGUCCUACUAUCACACGUUCGCCAGAAUGAAGAACGAGAUAAAGAGCGGCAAGAGAAUAGCGAAUAUCGUCGGCCAGAUGAUGGAUGCUGACAAGAUGAAGAUCCACUACGAGAAGCUGACGACCGACCUGCUGGAAUGGAUCAAGAUGAAGAUCGAGGUGCUCGAGAGCCGUAGCUUCCCGAACUCGCUGGAGGGUAUCCAACGGGAGCUGCUGGCCUUCAAGCAGUACCGGACGGUGGAGAAACCGCCAAAGUACAAGGAGCGAUCAGAGAUAGAGGCGCUGUACUUUCACAUAAACACUCAGCUCAAGUCCCUGAACCAGCCGGCGUUCACUCCACAGGAGGGACAGCUGAUCCACGACAUAGAGAGGAACUGGGUGGAGCUGGAGAGGGCUGAGCACCGUCGCGAGGUCGCCCUGAGGACCGAGCUGCUGCGGCAAGAGAGGCUCGAACAGCUCAACUACAAGUUCGAGCGGAAGAGCGUGCUCAGGGAGGGCUACCUGAAGGAAAUGAUCCAGGUGCUGACCGACCCGAGGUACGGCAGCAACUUGGCGCAGGUGGACGCCACAGUGAAGAAGCACGAGGCCAUCAGCGCCGACAUCUUGGCACGUGAGGAGCGUUUCCACGACCUGACGAACAUGUCCGAAGAGUUGGUCCGUGAAAAUUACCACGGCUUAGAGAGAGUCCGCAGUAGGGAGCAGGAGGUGUUGCAGAGAUGGAAGGAGCUGCUGGCCCUGUUGGAUCAUCACAAGUCCAACCUGGUCGCCCUGUGCUCGCUGAUGAGCCUGAUGCGAGAGAUCGAGACGACAUUGGCCUCGAUUCAAGAGCUGCAACUGAACUUCCAGAGCACCGAUGUGGGCCCGCACCUGCUGGGAGUGGAGGACCUGCUGCAGAAGCACAGCCUGCAGGAGUUGCAGGUGACAGCCCUGGGCGAGAGUCAGAGAAGACUCGGCAGACAGGCCACUCAACACCUCGCGCAACCGCAGAGUAAAGAGGCACCGAUGUUGCAGCAAAAGCUGGAGCUGCUAAACAGCGCCUAUGACGAGUUGCUGGAGAACAGCAAAGAACGCAAGGCUCGCCUGGAAGACGCCCGAAACUUCUUCCACUUCCUUCAAGACCACGAGGAUGAAGAGUCGUGGUUGGUGGAGAAGCAACGGAUCUGCAAGGCCGGCAUAUCAGCGAAGGACCUGCGAGCGGUGAUUUCGCUGCAGCAGAAGCACAAGGCUCUUCAGGACGAGAUGAAAGUACGCAGGCCCAAAUCUGAGCAGCUCUGCGACGCCGGCAGGAAGCUGAUCGCCGACAAUCAUCCGUCGGCGCUGGAGAUACAGAACCGAAUAGAUUCACUGCAGGAGCACUGGAGGGUGUUGGAGGAGCUGGCGGCGUUGAGGAAGAAGCAGCUGGACGACGCAGCCGAAACGUUUCAAUUUUAUGCCGACGCAAACGAGGCCGAUUCGUGGAUGAACGAGAAGAUGACGCUAGUGGCCUCGGAGGACUACGGGGUGGACGAGCCGAGCGCUCAAGCCUUGUUGCAGAGGCACAAGGACUUGGAGGGUGAGCUGAAUGCCUACAAAGGCGACGUGCAGUCGCUGAACGCGCAGGCGGAGAAGCUCAUCAAAUCCGGAAUUUCCACUCUGGAGCUAUCAGCCGAUCCGGAACCGGUCGCCGAGCUCGAGCAGGAAGAGUGGAGCAAGGAAAUCAGGUUGGUGCCGCAAGACGAGUGGGUGGACGAGGUGGUCGAGCGACUGGAACCGAGGACCGUUCACGAGGACAGGUUGGUGCCACAGGUGAAGAGUCUAUAUCCAUUCAACGGCCAAGGUAUGCACAUGGCAAAGGGUGAGGUAAUGUUCCUGAUGAGCAAAACUAACCCCGAUUGGUGGAGCGUGAGAAAGGCCGAUGGUACGGACGGAUUCGUGCCGGCCAACUAUGUCCGCGAGAUCGAGCCGAAGGUCGUGCAGGUGCAGGUGCGAAGGCCCGAGAAGGUGAAGGUGACUCAGCGCGUGAAGAAAACGAAGAUGGUGAAACAGGUAGUGCCGGUUCGGCGGCUCAAGUCCAUCAAGUCCACCGUGAAGCCGAUCAAGCGGAAGACUGUGAGCGACGGCGAUAGCGUUGAGAAGCGACAGAAGAAGAUCAACGACACCUACGGCGAGCUGCAGGAACUCGCCGUGAAGCGUCACGCGCUACUGGAGGACGCUAUCAGGCUUUACGGCUUCUACCGGGAGUGCGACGAUUUCGAGAAGUGGAUCAAGGAUAAAGAGAAGAUGCUGAGAGUCGACGAUCCUCGCGACAAUGUCGAAACGGCGAGAAGAAAGUACGAGAAGUUCCUCACAGAUCUGUCGGCGUCUGGCAAACGAGUGGAAGCUAUCGACACUGCGGUGGACGAAUUCGUUCGUCAAGGUCACAGCCAGCUGGACAAAGUCAAGGCCAGGCAGAAGCACAUUCACCAGCUGUGGGACCACCUGAACUGGCUGAAGACGCAGAAGGAGAAAAGCUUGGAGGGUGCGUCCAGCGUUGAGCUGUUCAAUAGGACUUGCGACGAGGCUCACGACUGGAUGCUAGAGAAGAUCACCCAGUUGGACACGGCCGAGUUAGGACCUGACUUGAAGACUGUCCAGGCUUUGCAGAGGAGGCAUCAGCAUCUAGAGCGAGAACUGGCGCCAGUCGAGGAGAAAGUGCGAAAAGUGGACUUGUUGGCGAACAGCGUGAAGAAUUCGUACCCACACGAACUGAAUAACGUCAACGCGAGGCAAAAUGAGAUCAAGGAGCUUUGGAACAAAGUCCAGACGAAGGCCAAAGAGCGAAGAUCCCGUUUGGAGGAUGCGGUCGGUCAACAGAUAUUCAUGAACAGUUCCAAGAAUCUGAUCAACUGGGCCACGGACAUACAGGAGACGAUGAAGGCCGAGGAGCCAGUGAGAGACGUUGCUACAGCCGAGCAGCUCAAGAAGCAGCACAUGGAACUCGGAGAAGAAAUACGUACCAAAGAAGACGAGUUCCGCGAAGUCGAGGACCUCGGCAACCAAUUGUUGCGUCGCAACCCGAGCUUGGCGGACGUACGCGAACGCCUGGAAAAACUAAACGGAUUGUACCCAGCUGUGACGUCCGACUGGAUGGCCAAGGAAGAGUGGCUGCGACAGUGUUUGGAGCUGCAGCAAUUUAACCGGGAGGCAGAUCAGAUCGAAGCCACUACCAGCUCUCACGAGGCUUUCCUCGAGUUCACCGACUUGGGGGAGUCUCUGGACGACGUAGAGGCGUUAUUAAAGCAGCAUGGCAAGUUUGAGAACACUCUGCACGCGCAAGAUGAUCGACUGAAGGCGUUCAGCGACACUGCCGACAAACUGAUCGGCCAAGAUCACUAUGACAAAGAUUACAUCAACGAGAGAAGGAACCAAGUACUAGCGCGUCGCAUGGCGGUGAAAGACGCCGCUCAGCAGCGAAGAGCAGCCUUGAAGGCGUCCGAGCAUUACCAGCAGUUCUCAGCCGAAGUGGAUGACCUGCGCGACUGGUUGGGUGACAAGAUGAAGACCGCGGCCGACGAAAGUUACCGCGAUUUGAACAACCUCGAGCGCAAGCUGCAGAAGCACGAGGCUUUUGAACGGGAACUGCGUGCUAACGAAGGACAACUGCGAGCGGUCAACAAGGCCGGCAAGGCGCUAAUAUCCGAGGAGAAUUACAGAUCGGACGACGUCGGGGAGACGCUGAAGGACCUGAAUAACCAGUGGGACCAACUAGUGGCAUUGUCGCUGGAGAAAGGUCGCAGACUACGGCAAGCCGCCUCACAACACGGCUACAAUCGCACCAUGGAAGACGCCAGGUUGAAGCUGGAAGAAAUCGAGAACUGUCUGCAGAGCAAGCAGGUCGGCGCGGAUCUGCGCAGCUGCAAGGAGUUGCUGAAGAAACACCAGACCCUUGAGAGUGACAUGUGCCAAUGGGAGCAGAAGGUGGACGACCUCGUGGCCAUGGGUCAAGAGAUGGCGCAUGAGGGUCACUUUGACGCAGCGAACAUCCUGAAGAGUAGCCAAGCUACGCAAAGGAAAUUCCGUAGUCUGAAGGAGCCGGCCAAAAGACGACGGGAAGCGCUGGAGGAGAGCCUGCGAUUCCACAAGUUCGGAUUCGAGCUGGAUGCGGAGCUGCAGUGGAUCAAGGACCACUUGCCGCAAGUAUCCUCGACGACUCUUGGGCAGAACCUGCACCAGGCGCAGACCUUGCACAAGAAGCACAAGAAGCUGGAGGCGGAGAUCGCCGGCCACCAACCCAUGAUAGAUAAGACUCUGGCUUCUGGCCAGAUGCUCAUCGAUCAGGCUCAUCCAGAGAGAAAGAAGAUCCAAGAACUCUGCGAUGUUCUGGAUGAGGCGUGGACGGACCUACAAGAUAGGGCAGCAGACCGUAGCAAAGCGUUGGACUUGUCCUUGAAGGCGCAAGAAUUCUUCUUCGAGGCUGGCGAGGUCGAGAGCUGGCUCAACGAGAAGAACGACGUGCUGAGCUCCACCGACUAUGGUAGAGACCGUGACGCCGCGACGAAACUCUUGACGAAGCACAAGGCUGUGGAACUCGAAUUGGAUACGUACAACGGCAUCGUGACGGAGAUGGGACACACCGCUGCCACGAUGAUAAACUCGAAGCACCCCGACAGCAAGGCGAUAGCGAACAAGCAGCAAGCGAUCGUCCAACAGAUGCGCGCCCUACAACGGUUGGCCACCGUGAGGCAACAGCGUCUAAUGGAGAGCAUGUAUCGCCACGAGUACUUCCUGGAGAGCAGGGAACUGGAGCAAUGGAUCAAGGAGCAAGAGCUGGCGGCCGCAUCGGAGGACUACGGGCAGGAUUAUGAGCACCUGCUGAUAUUGCAAGCGAAGUUCAACGACUUCAAGCAUCGCAUAGAGGCUGGCUCCGAGAGAUUCAACCAGUGCGAGGAGCUGGCUAGGAAGCUCAUCGCGAAUGAGAGUCCUUACAUUCAGGACAUCGAGAAACGCCAAGAGCAAUUGGGACACGAUGAAGACGAUCCGGUGCUUCAAGUACGAAAGCGACACGCGAUAACGCAGGAAUCAUGGCAACAUCUACUGGGUCUCAUCCGAAACCGCGAGCAGCGGCUACAAGCGGCGGGCGAGAUUCACCGGUUCCAUCGCGACGUGGCGGAUGCGCUAUCACGGAUACAAGAGAAGGAGGCUGCAUUGCCGGAAGACCUGGGUCGCGACUUGAAUUCUGUCCUGGCGUUGAUCAGACGACACGAGGGAUUCGAGAAUGAUCUCGUCGCUCUGGAGGCUCAACUGCAGGUCUUAGUGGAGGACGCGUCCAGAUUACAAGCUCAUUACCCCGGCAACAACGCGGUGCACAUCCAACAACAACAACAUAUCGUCGUGGAUCACUGGGAGGAGCUGAAGGAAAGGUCUGCUCAUCGGAGAGAUCAGUUGCAGGCUAGCUGCGAUCUGCAACGAUUCCUCACUCAGGUCAGAGACUUGAUGAAUUGGGCCGCGGGACUGCGCGCUACGAUGUCGACGGAGGAAAAGGUCCGAGAUGCGGCCAGCGCGCAGAUCUUGAAGGCGGAGCAUGAGGCUUUGAAGGGGGAAAUCGAGGCGAGAGAAGACAGUUUCAGCUCGGUGCUCGAUCUCGGGGAAGCGAUGGUGCAGACCGGUCACUACGCCGCUGCGGAGGUCGAAGAAAAGUGCAAUCAAUUGUUGGACGAGCGACAAAAGCUGCACACAGCUUGGCAGCAGAAGAAAGUGCACUUGGACCAGCUGAUCGACCUGCACUUCUUCCUGCGAGACGCCAAGCAGCUGGACAAUCUGUCCAGCACUCAGGAGGCUGCGCUGAGCGGCGACAACUUUGGGGUUUCGGUCGAGGAGGUGGACGCGCAGGUGAAAAAGCACAACGAAUUCGAGAAGCUGCUGGUCACGCACGAGGAGAAGCUGACGGCUCUGCAAGAGCACGGGGACAAGCUGCUGGCGCAGAAUCACUUUGACUCGCCGACGAUCGCCAGGCGACUGAACGAAGUGGUGCAAAGACGCGUGAGAAUUCGGGACUUGUGCGACGCGCGAAGGAAGCGGCUGGAAGCCAGCCUGCUGCAUGCGCAGUUCGUGAGGGAUGUAGGCGAGGCUGAGUCUUGGAUAGGCGAGAAGCAAAAGAAGCUGGAAGCGGAGGCAUCCAAAGGCGAAGUGUCCAGCCUGGAGGACAAGAUCAAGAAGCUACAGAAGCACCAAGCGUUCCAAGCGGAACUGGCGGCGAACCAGGGCAGAAUCGAGGAAAUCAAAGCGAAAGGAGAGACCUUACUGGCGCAGAAACAUCCAGCGAGCGCGGAAAUCCGUCAGCAGCUGGAACACCUGCACGCAUCCUGGAGAAAGUUACUGCUGGAGUCUGGGAAUCGAGGUAGGGGCUUGGAAGAGGCCCAAGAUAUCUUGGAAUUCAACAAUCAGGUGGAGAAGAUCGAGGCCUGGAUCAGGGACAAGGAAAUGAUGGUCCAAGCUGGUGACACCGGGAAAGAUUACGAGCACUGUCUGAGCCUCCAGAGAAAGCUUGACGACGUGGACAGCGACAUGCGAGUGGACGACUCCAGGAUAAAGACGAUCAAUGCUCUGGCAGAUAAGCUCAUUAAACAGGGUCGCGACAACGAGUCGAAGACCAUUCAACAACGUCGCGACAACUUUAACAACAAGUGGAAAGGACUGCAGGGCGCGUUGAGCACGUAUCGCGAGACCUUGGCGGGUGCAUUAGAGAUCCACCUGUUCAAUCGGGAUAUCGACGACACGAGCCAAAGGGUUAUCGAAAAGUCAGUGGCUAUGAACACGAGCGACACGGGGAAAGACUUGCCCGCCGUCGAGCAAUUGCAGAGGAAGCAAGAGGCCAUGGAGCGAGACAUGACCGCUAUAGAAGGCAAGCUGAAGGAGCACCGAGCGGAGGCGCAAAAUCUGUCGCACAAGUACCCGGACAAGGCGCCGGAAAUAAACGGGAUACUCUCCGAGCUGCAGUCCAAUUGGGACGACCUACAACGUCUGACCCGACAUCGCCGUGACGCUCUCAAUCGCGCUUACACGUUACACAAGUUCCAAGCCGACCUGCACGAAUUAGACAUCUGGGUGGCUGACACUAUCAAGCGUAUGGACGAGUCCGAGCCGCCGACCACCAUAUCUGAGGCCGAGGCUGUGCUAGAACUGCACCAAGAGAGGAAAGCCGAGAUCGACGGUCGGCAGGACAUAUUCAAGGGCCUGAAGGAACAUGGCCAGAAGCUCCUGUCGAUCGACGAGGACGUGAAGGAUAACCUCGAGCAUCUAGAGGGCCUAAGGCAAACCUUAGUCCACGCGUGGGAUGAUCGUAGGCAAAAAUUGACACAGGCGCAUCAGCUACAGCUGUUCAAGGAGCAAGCCGAUCAGGCUGACAGCUGGCUGGCGACAAAGGAAGCCUUCCUCAACAACGACGACCUCGGCGACUCGCUGUCGGGCGUGGAGACGUUGCUGCGCAAGCACGAGGAAUUCGAAAAGAUGUUAGCCUCCCAAAUGGGACGCAUCGAGGAGUUGGAGAAGUUCGCUAACGACAUCCUGUCGCAGCAGCACGCGGACGCGGGUAUAAUAAAGCAACGGCUCACCUCGGUCUGCGGCAGGAGGGACAAGCUGAAGAACAGCGCGACAGCCAGGAGAAGAAAGCUGCUGGAGAGCCACCACCUGCAUCAGUUUCUCAGGAACAUUUAUGAGGUGGAAGGCUGGCUGCACCAGAAGCAGCAGGUGGCGAGCGAUGAGAACUACAGGGACUCGUCGAAUCUGCAGAGCAAGAUUCAGAAGCACGCCGCGUUCGAGAGUGAGUUGAUGGCGAACAAGGGUAGAAUCAGCGCAGUGGUCAACGAAGGCGAGGCACUGAUCGAAGAGAACCACUACGCCUCGAAGGAGAUACAAGAACGUUUGGAUGAUUUGGAGGCGGAGUGGCGUCUCUUGCAGGAGACUAGCGAGCUGAAGAAGAACCGGCUGAACGACGCGUAUCAGGCCUUGCUAUUCGGCCGUAGCUUGGACGAGUUCGAGACGUGGAUGGACGAGGUGGAGACUCAGUUGCAAUCAGAGGAUCAUGGCAAGGACCUCUCGAGCGUGGCGAACCUGCUGAAGAGACACACCAACUUGGAGAACGACGUGCUCGGCCACAACGAAGCGUGCGAGUACAUUAAGGACACCGCUGCUAGCUUCCAAAAGUCGAACCACUUCAUGUGCGACGAGAUCCAGGAGAGAGCAUUAGUUACGAUCAACCGGUACCACAGUCUUCAAGAACCGAUACAGAUACGCAGGGAUAACUUGGAAGACGCAAAGUUACUGCAUCAGUUUGCGAGGGACGUCGAGGAUGAGCUGCAUUGGCUGUCGGAAAAGGAACCGUUGGCCGCGAGCAACGACUUAGGAAGCUCGCUAACUACGGUGCAACGAUUGCAGAAGAAACACCAAGCCUUAGAGGCGGAACUAUUAUCCAGGGAGCCCGUAGUAGCUUCCUUGGUCAGUAGAGCGACCGUGAUGAUCAGAAGCGGGCAUUUUGCGGCGGACAAGAUUGAAAAGCUAUCGCAGGAGUUGCAAGAGAAACUGUCGCACCUGCGAGACCUGGCGAGCGUCAGGAAGCUGAGACUACUCGACGCUGUGGAGUCGCAAAUGUUUUACGCGGAAGCCGCAGAAGCUGAACAGUGGAUCAGGGAGAAACACCCGCAGCUGACGUCGACCGACCACGGCAAGGACGAAGACUCCGUCCAGUCUUUGUUGAAGAAGCUGGAGGGCAUCGAGCGCGACUUGUCCGGCUUCGAGAGCACGAUUGACAAUCUGAAGAAGCUGUCGCGUGGUCUGGUGGAGAGGCACCACUUCGACAGUAAGAAUAUCGCGCAAAAACAAGAAGAGAUCGAGAUGAAAUUCAAAGAGCUGCAGAACCUGAAGGAACAUCGACUGCAGAGACUAUCAGAGAGCGAGAAAUUCUAUAAAUUUAUCAGGCAGGCGGACGAGGUGAUCGAAUGGAUCGGAGAUCAAACUACUGUUGCAGCAUCGGAAGACUACGGUCGUGACGUGGAACACGUGGAGCUGCUGAUCCAGAUAUUCGACAAUUUUUUGGCCGGCCUGACGACCAGCGAAGGUCGCGUCUCGGCCGUACUGGACGCGGGUCAGAGGCUGAUAGAGCAGAACAAUCCCGAGAAGAGCAAGAUACUGCUGAAGAUCGACGAGACGAAGCAACAGUGGGAGGACUUGAAGGAAUUAGCGAACGCUCGGCAAGAGGCGCUGGCGGGUGCCAAGCAGGUUCACAUGUUCGACAGGACGGCCGACGAGACGAUCUCUUGGAUCCAGGAGAAGGAAGCCACUCUCAGUUCGGACGGCUACGGCCACGACCUGGAGACGAUUCAGGCGCUGGUGAGAAAGCAUCAAGGAUUCGAGACCGACUUGGCGGCCGUGAAGGAGCAAGUGGAGUGCCUGAUGGAGGAGGCGUCAAGGCUGAUCGAGCUGUUCCCGGACGCACGUAUACACAUCGACGUGAAGCACCAGGAGGCAGAAACAGCCUGGGGCGAGUUGCUGGAGAAGGCGGCGCAGAGAGGAAGCAAACUGGCCCAGGCGGAGCAACUGCAGGCGUACUUGGGCGAGUACAGGGAACUGAUAUCUUGGAUCAACGAGAUGGUAGCGAAAGUCACGGCACCAGAACUGGCACGGGACGUCCCUGGCGCCGAGGCGCUAAUCUCCAGGCACAACGAGUACAAGUCGGAAAUUGACACGCGCCAGGAGGCUUUCGAGAAGUUCUACAGGACCGGGCAGGAGCUGAUUGAGCAGGGCCACUUCUUGGCGAAGGAGAUCGAGGACAAGAUCUCGGUGUUGCAGCAACGCCAGCAGAUCCUCAAGGACACGUGGCGACAGAGAAGGCUGAUUUACGAGCAAAACUUGGACACGCAGUUGUUCAAGAGGGAUGCUGAGACCCUGGAGAACUGGAUAGUCAGCAGGGAGCCGAUGCUGCAGGACGGAAAGUUCGGGGAGAGCAUACCGCAGGUGGAAGAGUUGAUAAGGAAGCACGACGACUUCGAGAAGACCAUAGAGGCGCAGGAGGACAGAUUCAGCGCGCUUAAACGAAUAACGAUGCUUGAAAAAGCCUUCCAAAAGCAGCAAGAGGCAGAAAUCGCGGCCCGCCAAGCGGAGAAAGAGCGCGUGGAACGCGCCAGGAUCGAGGAGCGGAAACGCAAAGAGGUGCAGAGGAUAACGGAAGAGCGAAAACGCGAAGAGGAACGUAGACGAUUAUUGGACAGUUCUCAUCGCACGCAACACGACGAAGUCAACGGCACCGUUGACGAACACGAAUCUGUGAAUAUAUUAUCACCACUGAAGGGUGCUGCUGCUUCUGAAACGGCAGAACCUGCGAUACCCCAGAAACCGCACGGCAUAUCGCACAUGUUUGGCGAGAAGUUAAGACGAGCGACCUCGGACAUCAAGAGAGCCGAGAGCAUGAAGGUUGAUACGAAGAAACCGAAACGGACCCCGAGCUUCACGACCAGACGGAGAACGCAGAGCUUCAGGAAGCUCCAGCGAAUGGAGAAUAUGGACGCCCUACGGCCAGUUGAGAUCCAAGGCCUGCUCGAGCGAAAGCACGAGCUUCAGAGCGCCGGCAAGAAAGCAGCCGUGCGAUCGUGGAAGCAAUAUUACACCGUGCUAUGCGGACAACUGCUGUGCUUCUUCAAGGACAUUGAAGAUUUCUCGUUGAGCAAAGCGGCUACUGCCCCGAUAACCAUCUUCAAUGCCAUAUGCGAGAAAGCGGACGACUACACGAAAAAGAAGAAUGUGUUCCGGCUCAAGUGCACGGACGGCUCGGAGUUCCUGUUCCUGGCACCGAGUCAGCAGGAGAUGGAGGACUGGGUCAACAAAAUCUCCUUCCACGCGAAGCUGCCGCCGAGCCUGCAGCUCUUAAGCUACGACGAGUCGCAGAAGCAAGAAGGCAUGGAGAGGCUGCAGAACGCUCCGCUAGAGCAGGCGGACGAUAACGCGUCGACUGGGAGCAGCCACGCUUCCACGCCCGAGAUGGAGCGUAAGAACUCGGUGAUCAGGCGCGAGCCCGCGGCGAACCAGCAUCACUCGCCGAGCUCGGUGCAGAUAGAGUUCCUGCAGCAGCACCGACAGAACCAGCAGCGACGCAACGACGUGCAGAACACCGAGUUCCUGGCGUCGCAGAGGUCCGCCGAGCCGCAGACUCAGACGGAGUUCUUGCAGAUGCACAGGCAGCAGCAGCUGCUCGCGCAGCAGCAACAGCUGAUACAGCAGGAGCAGCUGGCGGCGCAGAGGGACCAGUACCAGCCGAACUCGGCGAUGCUGGCAACCGACAAGCCACCGAUCCCGCCGCGAGGCGCACCCCCGCCUGUCCCCAUGCGGUCGCCCAGCUCGGAAAACAUGGUGCAAUAUCGGCGUAAUGACGUGGAACACCACUUGCCACAAGGAAGGCCCAACGUCUACCAACAACAACGCAGCGCGACACUGAACCACAAUGGAUCUGGGCAGUAUCCGGCGAACGAGGGAUGGCACCGGCAGAGUGUGGAGCUCACUACGCAACAUCAAGAAUUAGCACCCCCUCUGCCAUCGAGCGCCCCUCCGUCGACCAGAAUGUCUCAGUGGAACGCUCCUCACGAUCCUGCAUACGGAAAUGUACCGGUAAAUUCCCGACAGGGCAUGCAGCAGCAGAACAAUACGUUCACCGGCAGACCGACAUCGUUGCCGCCUUACGUCGCACCCCCAGCGGCCCCUCAAACGUCUCCCAACAUCACAGUGAUGGACGGCAGAAGAGCGUCAGAGAGCGGAUCAGAGAGCGAGCACAGCACUGGCAGUAACCGGAAAGAUCGCGACUACAAGCGCAGCUCCGUGCUGAGCAACUUGUUCGGAAGACGCAAGAAACCCUCUCAGUCGUAACAGUAACCCGGGAGCUUUCGCGAAACGCGCUUGCAAGCCACGAUCUUAAUGGCCAGUUGACACGGGCUGUACUUAAGAAGUGGCAAGAAGAACGAUCUUCCUCGAGAACAUCGACGGUAAUCUCAAAGUCGCGUCAGUUUUGUUGAACGGUACAGCACGCCGAUGGCAACUUACUUAACGUUUGCAAAAAAUUAUAAAUUGGCUGGUUAACCCACACAGUCCACAGCGGAUUCAUUGACGAAUCCUGCCGUGAAAGGUGCUGACAAACUGUGAGCACUGACUAUCGUUGACGUUAGUUAAAACGACUUUGAAGUUUGUUUACACGUUAAAAAUAACGCAAUGAGAACAUACAUUUGUAGGAAUACAAAUACAGAAUAUGUACGUGCGAAGUGCAUCUUUGGGGACUGUAACAAUCAAGGCAGGUUAAUUAUCGAAGAGGGACCAAUAAUAUAUGCGGUUCGAUGAAACCUCAUGCCAGAUAUAUCGCCUUCGUGACUAUCUCCUAAUACUCACUAGUAGCCUUUGGUCUAAUGAUACCACUAGCUCGACGAACUCUGUUAUGAAUCCUGUUCUAAUGGUCUAUAAUAAUACCGCAACGAACAAAGAUGUUUUGUAAUAUAAAAAAAAUUUUUACAGUGUCCCGCAAAAGAGAUGACUAUUACCAAGUUUAUUUGAGAUGUACCUGACUUUAAGGACGAAGUUCGCAAGUGUAGGACUCCUUUUUUCUGUCUUCGAAGAUUGUUUUUUUUCCUUUUCCUUUUUUUUUUUCUUUAAGUUAAAAAGUACCAGCAGGAAAACGUUGAAAUACAAGAAGAGUGUAAUAAGUUUAAGUUGUAGAUGUCAUAAUAUAUGUUGCAAAUAUUAUAUAUUUGAGGAGAAAGAGAGAAAGGGAAGACCCCGACAUGUGGGACCAAUGAUCUUAAUGUAUUAGAUACCACAGAUAUGUAGACAUGUCGUAUUUUUUCAUGAAGAAGAUGAAAUAUUAUAUAUAUAUAUUCUUGAGCGUUAUAAACCAUUUCUACGAUAAUGGCGAUGUUAUGAAGUGUAAAUUGUAUUUAAUACAGUAA